CAUACUUUUCGGAGAAGCAAAAAGAGAUAAUAAUCGGGCAGUCUAAGGAGAUUCGCGGAGGUAUGCAGCGGUGAGGUGGUCGUGCAAGAGGAUCGAAGGUUGCCUGGCAGUGGCACGUGCGCUCCCGGCCUCGGUCAUAGGAUUCGCCGUGUUGAGACGAAGUCAACACCAUGUCUGGACCUAUAGCCUCGAAUCUUGUACUGCUGGCCGAUCUCGAGGAUUGCAAGCCUGGGACAAAGGUUCGCUUUCUGGGCUGCGUCCAUGAGUACAUCGUUAAGACGGCGACAUUGCGCCUGAAGCACAACCACCCCGCUUCCACUCCGCCGACCAUUGCGAAUGUCGAUGUCGAACAUAACCUUGAGCGGAUAAAACGCCAUGAGCUCGAUGUCGGCGCCUGGAUCAACGUGAUCGGCUAUGUCGAACGUCGCAAAGACAAAGGCAUCUUCGUACAAGCAGUCGCGGUCUGGGAUGCUGGCAACAUUGACCUCAUCGCGUACGAGAAUGCAGUUGCGAAACGGAAAGAAGCUGGAUAAUGGUCGUGGAGCGUGACGCAUCGUAUAAAACAACUUUGAGCUAUUGAGGGCAGAACAAUUCCCCGAGCCAUGCGUGCAGACGACGAUGACCCGGUGACAAGCAGCGCGAGCUCUCAUCGACGUAAAAGCGCCUGUCUGCAGAUUCCGCUUUGAAGUGUUGGAACUUGGCUGGAGGCAGAUGGCGACAACCGGACAGUACCUUUCGGAUGGUUGGAAAUCAUUGCGAAGGGAAGCGCCUGGCCUGCACUGGCGACAAAUAAACC